AGUUUACGUUAUAGCAAUGUUUCAGUGUUUAACCCCAGACUGUCUUUUGUUUAUCCGAUAGGCGAAGGGCUUCUCUCUUGAUAGCUAUUUUAUUAUUGAUUGAAACGCCGCUGUCAGAAUAUGCGUUUGAAGCUACGCAAACAAUUUGAGCUAGGCUAACUGACUAGUCUUGCUUGAAGCUACAAAAGGGAUCUGACUGACUACUAGCCAACCGGGUAGCUAAUUUUACCGUCAACAGUAGUUACUGUUAUAACUGUUACUUGGCAUAAACUGAGAUUUUUCGCACGAGACACAACCAGAAUCGUCCAUCAAGCUAUUACGUAGCUAGCUGUCAAUGUGAUUAACCUUGUUUGGCUUGCUAGCUGUAGAUUUUCGGUAUGCUUUUCUAACUUGGAUAGCAGCAUCGCUGGCUGCAUAGUUUCAAUUUGGAAUCCCCCCUGCCGAAUUCACCCUCUGCUGUAUGAAAGGUUGCUGAUUAAUGACUGUGUAUGGAAUGUCAACAUGGACAAUCAAGAACUUGAGGAAGCAGGAGGACUGGAGACUUGUAAUCCAGCGUCUGUUGAUGGCACCUUUGGAACUGACUCAGCUGACAAUCACAUCAGGAUUGAGCCUGUAGGGGUUGAAGAGCAGAGCAGUGUGAUCCCAGAACAGCCUGCACAGCCUCCGCUGUCAGAUAUCAAAGGAGAGAGCCUGGAGUCACACUCUGUCUCUGACCUCAUCAAAGAAGAGACUGAUGAGUCGAUAAAGCUAGAAUGUCCGAGCAAUUCAGAUGCUCAGUCAACAUCAGACACUGCCCCAGGUGAGAAGGCUGUAACAGACAAUGGGCAGGAGGACUCUGGAGAGUUUUUAGUCACUAUGUUGGCACGAGGUAAACUGGAGGAGCAAGGAAUGGGCGUGAAGGGGAGGUCCUCUCCCUUGUCGGAGACGAGCACCCCCGAGGCGCCCACGUUCAUAUCCCACCGCGACGAGGAUGUGACCGCUGAGAGUUGGCGACAACACAGGAAACACAUCUUUGUGUUGAGUGAAGCCGGCAAACCCAUCUACUCGCGCUACGGAAGCGAAGAGGCUCUCUCCUCCACCAUGGGAGUCAUGAUGGCACUGGUGUCUUUUGUUCAAAGUGGAGAUAAUAUCAUCCGCUCCGUCUACUCAGAUGAGCACACAGUGGUGUUUCUUCAGAAGGGUCCUCUGGUGCUAGUGUCUGUGUCUUGCAGUCGCCAGUCAGAGCAGCAACUGCGUGGCGAGCUGCUGUAUGUGUACUACCAGAUCAUCAGCAUGCUCACCCAAGCCAGCGUCAACCGCAUUUUUGAACACAAGAAAAACUACGAUCUUAGACGGUUGCUCGCGGGCUCUGAGAAGAUCUUGGAUGGCCUGCUCAACCUGGUGGACUCUGACCCCAGCUUCCUGCUGGCAGCGGUGCAUUGCCUCCCCCUGGCCUCCUCCCUCAGGGACUCUCUCAGCCAGAUCCUGCAAAAGGCCAUUACUCCUAACCUGGUCUUUUCCAUUCUUAUAGCUAAAAAUCAAUUGCUCACUAUAGUCCAGGAGAAGACUGUCAUAGAGGACACCAGGCUGGAGCCUGCAGACGUCCAUCUCCUCCUCAACCUGAUCGGAGCCUCCUCCGCCUUUCAGGCCGGGGAGAUCUGGACGCCCAUCUGCCUGCCUCUCUUUAACCCAGACUGUUACUUCUAUGCGUACAUCUCGUACUUGGACCCCCCUGAGUGCACUGUGUGUCUCCUGCUGCUCUCCACGGACAAAGAGGCAUUCUACGCCGUGGCAGAGUGUAAAAGGAGGAUAGACGAGGCCAUGCUGGCCCAGAACUCCCUGAGCCUCAUAGCCAAGGCCCAGUCAUACAGUGUCAGCCAGGUGGGGGUUUCCGACCUCCGGCACUUCAUGUACAAACCCUUUGAUGUCCCUGACAACCACCGCCAGCUGACUCAAUUCACCAGCCCAGAGAUGGAGGCCCCAUAUAACAGUGAGGAGGAGAGGAUGAGGCUGCUGGAUCUGUACCGCUACAUGCACAGCCGCAUCCACAGCUCCUCACGGCCACUCAAACUCAUCUACCACGUGGCUGAGAGGGAAACCCUGCUGGCCUGGGUAACAAGCAAGUUUGAGUUAUACACCUGCUUCAGCCCCCUGGUGACAAAGGCCUGUGCCAUCAACGCCAUAACUAAGCUUCUCCGAUGGAUCAAGAAAGAGGAAGACCGUCUCUUCAUCCGAUACCCACCUAAGUAUUCAACCACUCCAAACCCCAGCAAGAGCUCCCGGGGAGGGAAAGACCAGCAAGAUUCGACAGAUAACGGCUUCCUGUCUCUCUUAUAGAGUUCCCAAAUCUCUCCCAUCCUUCUCUUCAAGAAUAGUUUGCACACUGUUAACAGAGAGGUGUCAGGCACUGGCUUAACGUCACACCUGUUGGACUUCAAUGGACUUUGACUACUGGACACAGAUAAUUGUGUUUUACACUAUUUAAGGAGGUUGUGCUUUGCCUUUGGCAACUAGUGUUACUAAAUGAAAAGCUUGGCAUCAUAUAGAACUCAAGUACAGUUGUCUGUCUUAGGAAGGGAGACUGGUGGGUGAAAGACUACAUUUUAAAUGGGUUAUGGUAGAGUUAGGCUAUCAGGUCUAAACCACUGCAUUGAUAUUUCAUUGUUUUUAUAUUGUUUUCUAAAUGUAAAAAAGGCGAUAACCUUUCUUACAGAAACAAUGGCAACAACACAUCCGUCAUGUUCCGACUUGUUAUAUGACUACUGGAAUCCUUUUUCUGUUUCCAUCAUUCCUCAAGUGUAGUACAUAAAAAGUGAAGGCUACGUUCACUAGAUCUAUUAUGUCUUAUAACUUUAAUUCCAUAGGAUACAUCUUGCACCUAGUCAGUUUAUUCUAUAGGGAAUAAACCUCCCUUUGGUCAUUUGUGCUGCUUACUUAUCCAGAUCAUUACAAAAAACGGAUUACAAUGUGGUCAUUUUGAACAGGGAUGCAUACUGGAUGUAACAUGCUCUGUGUACCUGCGUUUCCAUCUGUUAUGUAACUUGGGCUACCUCCUGUUGCUGUCUUAAUGAAUUGGAAGGACUAAAACUGUUCAUGUGCUGUCACCAUCAUGGCCAUCUGUGCAGCAUACAUCGUGAAUAAUGAUUGUUGAUCUACCAGACUGUAAACUAAUCUUAAGUGAAUUCACCUUAUUAUUGUCGUUCAUGUCAUCCUUACUGAAUUUCUGGGUUUUCAUAAAUGAACACCCGUGUAGCCCUUCCUAUGGACUGGAGUAGUGGAUAGUUACCCUAAUGGCCCUGAGAACAUUAUGAUCAAUGUGUGAAAAUGUUGUUUAGCAAUUUUUGUCUAAUUAGUUUGGAGGAUCGGUGUAGGUUUACUUUGUUACAUGGAUAAGUCAAUGACCCAGUCUGCUUUUUAGGGGUGAGGAAUGAUUCUUUUUGAGUAUUUAUGUAAUGGGUGUUAAACUAAAUAAACCCCAGGUUGCACAAACAA